AUGGACACGUCGCUGGAUCUGCCACGCAUUCUUUGCCUCCACGGCGGUGGCACCAAUGCUCGUAUCUUUCGAAUGCAAUGUCGCGUACUGGAACGAAUGCUUCGGUCGCAUUUUCGCCUUGUCUACGCCGAGGCUCCACUUCCAGCACAGCCAGGAUCCGACGUGACAGCCGCCUACAAAGACUACGGGCCCUUCAAAGCGUGGCUACGCGUGCAUUCACAAGAUCCCAUUCUGAAUGAAUAUCAAAUCGUGGACGGCAUAAAAGAUUCCUUAUCCACCGCUCAACUAGAAGACGAUAACCGGGGAGCGACUGGAGAAUGGGUUGGGAUACUGGGAUUUAGCCAGGGAGCUCAUCUGGCUGCCAGUAUCCUAGCAAACCAACAAGUACUGCACAGUGGAACAAAUGCUAUUUACCGGUUUGCUAUUCUGCUAGCAGGACGAGGCCCAUUGCGAUGGUUGAACCCGGAGUUUCCUAUGCCUGCGGGUUUCAUCGACGCGACGCAGUGUACUACGGGCCAGGAACUCGUUGUGGACACUACUGAAUCCCGAGUGCAAAUCCCAACAGUACAUGUCCAUGGUAUGGCGGACCCGAACCUGAUGCUGCACCGCAGGCUGCUUUAUCAGUAUUGCGAUUGGAAAAGUACAACGCUGGUCGAGUGGGAUGGCGAGCAUCGUGUGCCUAUCAAGGCCAAAGACGUUAUUCUGGUUGUACAAGAGAUUUUCAAUGUGGCACAAAGAACAGGUGUGAUCGGGACAAUAUCAAGCUUCAGAAUGUUCUGA